AUGCAGUGCCACGAAGCCCAACAAGCACCGAACCAUCACCGAACAGAGGAAGGCCGGCGCACCAGCAACAUCCCCGGUACUUGCCAGUCUGGUAUACUAAGUGGUCUGGCAGUCCGGGGGGGGCUCCUGGUCGUCCGCAGAGCUUCUUGGAUUCCCCAAUGGCCCGGCGUUGCUGCCCACGCUCCUUUGGUUCCGAGAUGCGACGAAGUACGACGAGAUGGCAGGGACAAAUUCCGGGCUGGGCAUGUGGCCGCCGGCCAUGGAGAAACUCAACGGGCGGGAAUGGGCCAAGCUGUGGGACUCGGAUGUCCAGAUAAGGCAAUUGGCAGACUGGUGAUGAUGUUGUCGAACUGCAACGCCGCCGUAUCGUACCAGUGUCCACCCCCGUAG